CGAGGCCAAUGGUCGGAAGCCACAAUCGUGAGCGUCCACGGCAGUUUUGUUGUCCUCUCGCAUCCUGCAACUGUGCGUGGCCGAUUUCGUACGGUGGAGAGCUGUUGUGUCGAUAUACGCGAAAAUGAACGCCGAAGAGGAAGUGUUGCGCAUACAGAAGAAACUCAACAAAAUGUCCAGCGGUGACGGGACGGGUCAGGAACAGGCUUUGGAACUGCUCAAGAUACUUCAAAAAUUACCUGUGGAUCUGGAACUUCUCACCAAAACACGUAUUGGAAUGACUGUGAAUGCUUUGAGAAAAUCCAGCAGAGAUGAGGAAGUGAUUUCUUUAUCAAAAACACUCAUUAAAAACUGGAAAAAAUUCUUAUCAGGGUCCAACAAGGAGAAAGAUUCCACUUCGUCGAGUAGUUCAAAGAAGAGGGAUGAGAAGUCAGACAAGAGUAAGGAGGACAGCGAUCAGAAGAAGGAUAAGGACAUGACAGAUAGCAGUGACACCAAAAUGAAGGAGGAAAAGCCCAGCAAGGACGUUCAAAGAAAGCAAUCGUCCUUCCCAGCUCCCACCACAACAGACGCGGUUAGAUUAAAGUGCAGAGAACUAUUAGCUGCGGCGUUGCGCGUGGAUGGGAAGAUCAUCGACGGUUGUGCCACUCCCGAAGAGCUCGCGGAGGAAUUGGAAGAGGCGAUCUACGCGGAAUUCAAAAAUACUGACAACAGAUACAAGAAUAGGGUACGCAGUAGAGUUGCCAAUUUGCGCGACGUAAAGAAUCCGAAUUUGCGCACUAACUUUAUCGUGGGAGCGAUCACGCCGGCACGACUCGCGGUGAUGACUGCGGAGGAGAUGGCGAGCGACGAGAUAAAGCAACUGCGUGAGCAAUUCAAGAAGGAGGCUAUCAACGAUGCGCAGCUCGCCACCGUGCAGGGAACGAAGACCGACUUGCUCAAAUGUGGCAAAUGCAAGAAACGCAACUGCACGUACAAUCAGGUGCAAACGCGCUCGGCCGACGAGCCGAUGACCACGUUCGUGUUGUGCAACGAAUGCGGCAAUCGAUGGAAAUUCUGCUAAGAAAUAUCAUAGAGAAGUUCUCACUCAAUCUCGUCUUCUUCAAUCGCUCCGCGGUGAACUUGACUCUUGCAUCUCGGUCAUCGUCUUUAUGUAGCGUUCAAAUAUCUUCAUAAGAUAAGUCGACGAAGUAAUCAUAACAGUGUAUGUAAAUUUUGUGGACUCUUGAUCGGUGUGAUUACGUAAAAAUUGCUCGUUUCGUGAACCGACGAAGUCUUCAGCUUGGAGGACUGCAUGUGUCCCGCGAAUUGGGAGAGGUACGAUGUAUGUAGAAACUAUAUAUAUAUAUAUAUAUAUAUAUA